UUUGAGGUGGAUGUAGAAAGGAUGGGUGUGACAACUGCGGAAUGGAUUUAUGUUGGUUUUCUGAUCUUGUGUAUGCAAAUCUUUGUCACGUUAACAGACAAGACUGUGUGUUCGGAUUACUUGGUAUCUGGACUGGAUGGUUUAGAUGAUGCAAAACUGACGUCCUCUAGCAAUUUUGGUAACAACCCACUGGAGCACGGUCCUACGAAUGCAAGACUAUAUUUGCCUACGGUGUGGUCGUGGGUUGCGGGCGCUAAUGAUGUCAAUCAGUACAUACAGGUAGAGUUCCCAGGAGAAACAGAUAUUACUGCUAUCUUACUCCAGGGACGAAACAAUUAUCCUUUCUUCCAGUUUGUUAAGUCCUAUUACGUAUUAUACAGCAUAGACGGUGUAGUGUGGACCAGUGUGACAUCACAAAGCCAAACCCCCAUAUUAUUUCCCGGAAAUAGUGACAGGAACACCGUUGUUAAGUCCGCCCUCGUUCCCAGUAUCACAGCUGUGUAUCUUCGUAUCAAUCCUAGGAGUUGGAACGACUUUGUCAGUCUCCGCUUUGACGUCAGUGGAUGUUACAACAUUCAGGAAAAGUACAUAGCGUCGGAACAUUAUGAAAAGACACAAAUGUUGGCCCCAGUAGAUCUUGUGCAAUACCCGGUGUUAAACGGAAAUACUCGAUCUUUGUUGGAAUGCGGGAAAAUGUGCCAUCAGAAAGAAUCGUGCCGUGCGUUCACAUUUGACAAAAACCAGACGAUUUGUCGGGAUGUAACAGUAGGAUUCACAGCCCAAUAUUCGGCAAAUUCAGCAUUAAAACAAUGUUAUGUACACAAAGGCAUUUUCACAUCUCUUGGAUUCCGAGAAUUCCCGAACAGACUUGCUCUUUACAAGAUAAAUGAACAAAGCCUUGACCAAGUCGGCGCUGCUGAUCUCUGUUGUCAAUACUACUCCCAAUUGAUCAAGGUGACUUCUCAACCACAAAUGUCGAGUCUACAGAACAUCAUCACUGGAAAUGAUAUUCUACUGCAAGCCAACAACCAGUUGUUUGUGUCCGGGAUGUAUGCGUCACCUGAUUGGAAGUACAGUGACGGAGGGGAAGUGAUGGACAACACACUCUGGGCUCCGGACCACCCUGACCCCAGUCAUGGACAUUGCGUCAUGUUGACGCUGACAGGUUUAGCCAGUGUGGAUUGUUCAGAAAGUCUCUUCUCCAUAUGUGGUUGAUUUUGAUUAUUAUUAUUUUCAAACGAGUGUAUUGCACCUGAAACUUGAAUGUAGUAGAAGUGGAUUUUAGUCGACAGCAACCACCACAAAAAACUGAAUGACAUCAGCUACUAGUUGACUGUAACGCUGAGUAAUACAUAACUGUAUGUAUACCGACGAUGUCGUGGAAUUUUGAAAUCAGUGAACAUUACGUAAACUUCUUAUUAUUCUUAUCAAAUAAAUGUAAAUUUGGGGUUUUAAAAGCUCCCCUGAACCAUGUGAAUCGUGUGAAUUCCCUCUGUCAGACCAGGCUUUGGCAUAAUACUGUAGCGGGGAUAGGUUUUACUAGUUAAAAAGCUAUAGUUGGGUUAUGAUCUAUAGAUACACGGGGUGUCUGGGUGGUUAUUAACGUACCUGUGUUACAUUGAUAUGGGCUACGUUCGUAAUAGUUCUGACAUUCUGUCAUACUUCAUGGUAUUUCUUUUCCGUAAGUGACAUGCUCACAGGUGUGUAUAUUUUUACCGGAUGUAGACGCGCUUCUGCUUCCGCUGGUAGUCCCUUAUCAUUGGUCAAUAUUUUUACAUACAUGUAUUUUCAUUGGUUCCGUUUUCUAUAGCAUUAGGCCAUGAUCUAGCAUAUUAGACUCAGCACGCAAUUUUCGUUGUAGGGCAACUGAGUAUAAAUUCAGGCGUUUUGUAAUUGUUUGUCAGUCUAUAGAAGCCAUUGGCUGGUAGGCUCACUUCUUUCUUUCUCUCUCCCUCUCUCUUUGUAUUCCGUUAGGUAGGAGCAGGACGGUGACUGUGGGACGGUAAGUGCGUAGGAUGUUGUUAUGUUAGGUACUAUUCUAGCGUGUAGGUUAGGGUUUAUUUACAUGUAGUUGCUGGUAUGGAGCUUGUGUGAGGUUUGUAGCGUUAUAUGUUUCUACCUUCGCCUAUUUAUAUUUAAUAAAUGUUACUUGUAUUGUU